CUCACAUCUUAGUCGCAAAUAGUCGCGUCGAAUUUGGUUGCUUGUAUUCCACGCGAACAUGACCGCCCAUGAUGCCAUUCGUAUCCACCAUCACGCUUCCACUGCUGACAAGCGCUAUAGCCGAGGCACAAGCAAGAAAUGCUGACAGUGGGUAGAUGGCAUUCAUGAUUGAGUGUUGGGAGACUUGCGUGUGUUGCUGUCGGCUGAAGAGUCGCGUCACAUUUGCACGCGCGAAGCUGCGAAAAGCUUCCUCCAGCAUACAAGCAGUAUUCUGAACAUGUCGUUCCGCUGCAAAAGUGUUGCUGUAAUCGGUGCAGGCAUCAGUGGCGUGGUAGCUGCAGCUCAUCUUCAAAGAGAGGGUAUCGAAGUCACCGUUUUUGAGCGCUCGAGUGCCGCAGGAGGCAUAUGGCUCUACGAUGAGCGACAGCCUCUCGAACCGCCGUAUCCGAGAACCAAAGUUUGCAGAGCUGAUAGUGUUCAUGCGAUCGAAGAGACGGAGAUUACAGAGAGACUGCUUCAUGCGCCACCUGGUCCAUGUUAUGUAGGCCUCAAGAACAACGUGAGCACGCGCUUGUUGGAAACCACCUUGAAUCCGUUCCCGCCUGGGACUGAGGAUUAUGUGACGCAUCAAGUCUUGUGCGACUAUAUACAAGCUACUGCUGCCUCGACGGGGGUGCAUGGGUUGACACAGUACGACACCGACGUGAGACACGUUACGAAGAACGGCAAAUCGUGGACGGUCGAGACUGUGACUCUGCAAAUUGAUCUGGACGGUGCGCUAAAGCGACAUGUAUCCUCUCGUGACUUUGAUGCCGUAGUGAUUGCUUCUGGUCAUUACCACACACCAAGAGUUCCUGACACGCCUGGACUGGCAGAGUGGAAGCGACGAUUUCCUGAUAGAGUACAGCAUUCGAAAAGCUACCGAAGGCCCGAGAAUGCCCAAGAUAAGAACUAUCUACUCGUUGGUGCAAGUGUAUCCGCAACGGACAUUGCUCGCGAACUGAGCCCGUACGCAAAAAGGAUUCUACAGAGCCAAAGAAAUGGCAAAUUCGAUCUACCUCCUAGCAUGCUUCCAGAGAAUGCAUUUCGCAUCGAAGAGGUUGUGUCGUACGAUGAACCACGCGCGGAAUCACUGGACCCCGACGAAGCGAUCCCGGCCACCGUCACACUGAAGUCAGGCGCAAAGAUCUGUGAUAUCCACCAUGUUAUACUUUGCACCGGCUACUUUCUCACCCUGCCCUUUCUACCACAGCUCAGCUCGGACGAGACGCCAGUCGAGCUUGCGGACGACGCGGUGUUGAUGACGGAUGGAACACAAUUCCACAAUCUACACAAAGAUAUCUUCUACAUCAACGACCCUACCCUCGCCUUUGUUGGCGUGCCGUUCUUCACGGCCACUUUCACACUGUUUGAGUUUCAAGCCAUGGUCGUUGCGAAGGUACUCUCAGGCCAGUCCAAGCUUCCAAGCAAAGAUGCUAUGCGGGCGGAAUAUGACGCACGUGUGAAUAGUAAAGGCUAUGGCAAGGCUUUUCAUAGUCUGCGAGAUCAAGAAGCGAGCUAUGUCAACGAGCUUAUGGACUGGGUCAAUGUUGAUCUAGAAGCAGCCGGCAAGGAUAAGCUACAUGGUCAUAGCGAAAAGUGGCAUCGCGCAAGGGCAGAGCAGCUUGAGAGGAUGAAAGCGUUCUUUGUCAACCCUGAAACUGAGAAGCGGUUUGAAGCGACGUGUAUUUGAUCUACUGGAUGAAUACAACAUGU